AUGCGCGACAUGGCAUUCAUCUUGCGUAACGUAGACGAGCAAAGCAUGGUCAUCAUCGACGAACUUGGCAGAGGCACAAGCACGCGUGACGGCCUUGCCAUUGCCAUCGCUAUGGCAGAAGCAUUGAUUCAGUCGAAGGCUUUUGUGUGGUUUGCUACUCAUUUUCUGGACCUUGCACGCGUACUGGCGAACCGACCAGGCGUUCUGAACUUGCACCUAGCUUCCAACUGCUCAGUUGGCGAGGAUGGGGUGCCGCACGUAACAAUGCUUUACAAGACCGAACGCGGCCCCGAAAGUGACGAGCAGAAUUAUGGCAUCAACCUCGCCAAGGCGAUGGGGCUCCCGCAGACCAUGAUAAGGAAGGCGGAGGAGUUUGUCCGCGCGAGCAGGCUGCGAAAAGAAGCAAACAGAAGAAACUCGGGAGCAGAAAAGCUACAGCGACGGCGGCAGCUGAUCCUCAGUCUUCACGAAGCGCUGAAGCAAGCGAGGAUUGACGGUGCGGAGGAUGCUCUGCCCGGCUAUCUUAAGCAGCUGCAACAUGAAUUUGUCACGCAGAUGGCGGCAAUUGAGGAGGGUGACGGAUGA